AUGGAUCACUUCCUCACCAAGAAGACCCUGGCCGUGACCCGCGGCCACACCUACACAUACUACACCAACCCGCCUGACGCUUCAUCUCCCCGGCCCAAACCGACUGUGCUCCUUGUGCACGGCUGGCCGGACGACGCCUCAUGCUGGAGCCGUGUGAUCCGCGAUACCAUCCUGCCCGAGGGCUAUGGCGUGGUUGCGCCAGAUCUGCUUGGCAGCGGCGAGAGUUCGAAGCCGCUAGACGAGCGCGAGUAUGACUUCCGCAAGAUCGCUGGUGAUGUUGUGGAGAUCUUGGAGAAGGAAGAUGUCGCCAAGGUUGUGCUGUGGGCUCAUGACUGGGGUGCUGCCUUCGCCUCACGUAUCUACAACUACCACCCAUCGCGAGCCCUCGCACUGACACUGACCAACACGAACUAUUUCGCACCCAACAGUACCCCAUUCUCCAUCGACGCGCUGAUCGAGCUGACUCAGAAGACGCACGGAUACGGCAUUUGCUGGUACUGGCACCUUUUCGCAUCUGACGAGGCGCCCCAGCUCAUGACCGACCACAUCGAUACGCUGUGGACGAUAUUGCACGGCAGCGGGGAAACGUGGCUCGAGACUUUCUGCAAGGAGAACGGGUUCCGAGAUGCUUUAUUUAGCGACCGUAGGAAGUCUGUCUUGCCGUACGCAAACGAGGAGAUGAAGAAGGAGUGGGUUUCGAAGGUGCUGGCUGAUGAUGGUCUGAGAUUGAAGGCGAGUUUGAUGUGGUAUCGUGCCUUGGCGAAUGGGUUUCAGGACGAGGCGAACACGGAGGCGACGCAGAAUUUGGUCUUGAAGGUGCCGUACUUGUUGGUGAGGGCGGAGGACGACGUGUGCUGCAAAGGAGAGGAUCACGAGAUGUUGAAAAAGGCUGGACUGUUGGGGGAAGAUGCCGACACAGAGGUCAUGGGUGGAGCUCAUUGGGUCAUGUUGAGCCAUCCGAAAGAGUAUGGGAGGAAGAUUGUUAGCUGGUUGAAGAAGAAAGGCUUCUAG